AUGACAGAUACACAACAACAACCAUUAGCACAAAUAACAAAUCAACGUGAUAAAACAACUAAUGGAACAGUUGAUGCAAUUAAUCCAAAAAGUCCAUUAGAAUUCACAUGGACAUUUUGGUAUAUUAAACCAGAUAAACGUCUUAGUUGGGAACAAUCAUUAAUUAAUUUAAUUGAUGUUAGUUUUGUGGAAGACUUUUGGGCAACAUAUAAUCAUUUAGCUUCACCAUCACGUCUUUCACAGAAUAAAUCCAAUUCUGAUUAUUAUUUUUUUAAAAAAGGAGUUCGUCCUAUGUGGGAGGAUAAAGCAAAUGCUAAUGGUGGUCGUUGGUUAUUAACCUGUGGAAAUCAAGAUAAUAAACUUGAUGAACUAUGGUUAGAAACUUUACUUGGUAUGAUUGGUGAUUGUUUCUCUCAUGAUACUGAUGCUGAACCAUUAAGUCGCUAUAUAACUGGUUGCGUUGUAGCUAUUCGUACACGUGGUCAUAAAAUAGCACUUUGGUUAUCUGAAGCACAUAAUGGAACAAUUGUACGUGAAAUAGGUCGUCGUUGGAGAUCAAUUAUGAAUUUACCAUCAAAUCUUCGUAUUCAAUUUGAUAUGCAUAAUGAAAGUAGUAGUGGUUCACAACGACCGAUGUAUGAAGAAUAG